UAUAAUUACACGAUUAUUGUCCUGUUAAAUUUUACGUAUUUAUAAUUGUAUUCCUUAGUAGACGUACGCAAUAGAUAUGUUUUCAAAGUUGUAUUUUUUUAAGAUAUUUAUUGCAAUAGUGACUUGUGCGUACCAACAAAAUAAAGGUAGAUUAAUAAUAGAAAUAAAUGGCAAAGUUAUCGAUGGUGGUACUUCUGUUACCCAUCGGCAUAGUGGCAGCACCAUAAACAUAAUACGAUUCAACAUAACAAAUAACGAAAACGUUGAAAAUGAAAAAUUGAGAUUCACCUGCAAAUAUGAAUGUGCAACCGGUGAAUAUCAUAGGAUGUUGUGGAUGGCAGACAAUGAAAUAAUCGCUGAUAAAUGUGUAGGACCGUAUCCAGCUUUUGACAGCUUAACUAUAGAUUGGACUCCAACAUCUCUCGAAUGUCAAAUAUACGCUAAAAGUAAGGAUGUUAAAAAUUGUGCUCAGAAACCGCAGACGUCCGUAGCCAUUUUGAAAUAUAUCCCUAAAGAAAAUGUUACUGGAACUGUUUCUAGAAAUGCUGAAAAAAGGAAUUCAAUUUCAAUAUCAGGUCUCACGGUGUCGAAUAUUUUGCCUACUUAUAGAAAUAGUAGUGUACGUUAUAAAUACAGGGAUGGCGACAUACUUAAGUUGACCUGCACGUCCCAACUCUCAUCGGGAUAUUUCUAUAUGAAAUGGUCAAAAGAUGGCGUUGAACUUGCUAAAAAGAACAUAACCAGAGACGUACUAACGGAACUACAAGCGGUCAUACCAUUGAAUAAACACGACGACAAAACGAUUAUUCAGUGUAGUGUUAUAGAGUUUACUGAUAGACAACAAAAAAUUAAUAAAGACAAAACUAUUGAAUUAGUCUACGAAUCGGACGAUGAAGGAUCUAUCGUUACUACCGAAGGGGCAGAUGCGACUGAUAAUGGUACGUAUGAUUAAUU